AUGGAGCUGCUAAUACCAGAUUCACCCCUCUGGAGAAAGUCAUACGAGAUCUGUUAAUAGCAGACCCAGAUAGAUCCAGAUUGCUCGUUCUCUCGAAGAACGAGGUCAAACCCACAAUUUCUGUCCCGUGAUCAUGCCCAAAACUCAAUAUGAUUUCUUAAAAAGAAAAAAAAAUAAAGGAUUUUAAAAGAACAGCUGAUACCCAAUAAGCCUGAAUUACUCAAACUCUGUUCCUGUUUUUCCUGUACAGAAGCAAGCCUCCCUGCCAGAAGAAAGAAUUAGGGCACCCGCACGAGCUCGGCACCACCACGAAGGAAGAUGGAUGGAUGGAUACCUCGAGUGAGCAGCGCCGGAGAACAGGAGGCGGCGGCGGCGGCGGCGGCGGCGGCGGCGGCGGAGGAGGAGAAGGAAAAUCAGCAGUCGGGGAGAGAAUGGGCGGAGGCGAGGGCGGAGAGGCUGGCGGAGGAGCCGUCCCGGAGGAACGACUGCCGCUGGCUGAAGGAUCCGGCGAGGUAGCUCGGGGAGCCGAUGCUGGAGCCGCGUACGUUAGGAGAGACCCAGAAGGAGCUUUGGGGGGAGGAGAGGAGGGAGGCCAGGGACCGGUGGGAGGGGACGUUUCUCAGGUCGGCGGAGCUUCUGUUCAUGGUGAGGGCAGCGGCGGCGCCGGCCACCGCGGCGGAGGGGGAGUUGCAGAGGGGUCUUUGAGAGUAGGGGUGGCGAGGGAUACUGGAGAAGGAGGAACGGCUCGGGGAGUGGGCCGGGGAGCGGUGGGCUAUCUGGAUGGCUCUGGAAGGGGAAGGGGAAGGGGAGGAACGGAAGGAGGAAAAUGCGGCGGCGGCGGCGGGGGAAGAGGAGAGCGGCGGAGGGGUGAGGAGAGGGGUGGACUCGGAGGCGGGGGGGUCGCCGGAGCUGGUCCUCGCGUCUCGCUUGCACACGGGGCAGAAGGUCCUCCACGUCGUCAGCCAUGAGUCCACACACUGCGCGUGGAACUCUGCACGGACAGAGAUAGAGAGAGAAAAUGUGAGAAGAAUCGCAGAGCCCGGAUGGAGGUGUGUACGAGAUCACUGAGCUCAAUUUAUGAAGGCAGGAGAAAAAUUUACAGAAGAGAGAGAAAAUAAGAUCCCCAUACCGUCGAAAGAACAACCAGUUUUUAAAUGUGCCAUUCGAUUUCUUCUUGGAGAUGAGAUUCAGAACAACCAGCAUAAAUCUUUCUCGAAGAAUUUACAGAAGAAAGAGAAAAUAAAAUCCCCAUACCGUUGACGGAACAACCAGUUUUUAUAUAUGCCAUUCGAUUUCUUCAUGCAGAUGAGAUUUUGAGUAAGAUUUAGAAUACUUAACAUGAAAUAUUUCCCGAAGAAUUUACAGAUGAAAGAGAAAAUAAAAUCCCCAUACCGUUGACCGAACAAUCAGUUUUUAAAUAUGGUAUUCGAUUUAUUCAUGCAGAUAAGAUUUGGAGUAAGAUUUAGAAUACCCAACAUAAAUCUUUUUCGAAGUAGGAAGAGAGACCAGAAUACUAAAAAAAAUAAGAUAAUCACGAGCAUAAUUAAUAGAUGGGCCGUUAUAGGAGUUGACUUACUGUGACGGCAUGGCAGGAUUCUGAUUUGCUCCCCUACAUUGUAGUCCUCGAGGCAGAUAGCACAAGUUCUUGACGUGCAGUUGUCCUCCAGGGCUGAUGUGAAGAUGAUGCUGGGCAUUGCUUUCACCAGAUGCUUGCUCAUCCCGUGGAAUUCUCUUACAUUGGGGGCUCUGGGCCGCUCACGCCUUAUACGGUGUCUACGCACGAAGAAGCACGUAGCCAGAACAGCGGACAUGGCCAGGAGGGAAAUGAAAGAGAUAGCCAUUAUUGACCAGGCUGAGUUUUCAAAGGUGGGUAUGAUCCAUAGGUCAACGUCCGAGCGUCCUGCGUAGUACUUCAGCAUCUCACCUGAAGCUUUGGAUAUAAAUAUAGCAUGUAUUCUGAUGCCCUCAGGACUCCCUGCCACUGUGACCAUUUGUAACCCAGAUUAAGUCAAUAGAUCAGUCGACCAUAAAAUAUUAUACGUUUUCGAAUGGCUAAUUAAAAAAAAAAAUCAUGCAUGGGAUGGAUAAGAUGCAUGAAUCAACUUCUAUAAGUUUUAGGUUUAGAACAUCAAGAAUAAUGGGGGUAGGAGUGAAGAGAAAAGGGGGAAAUGACUGUAAGGCCUAUGAAGAGAGCCUUUACUGUGCCAAAGGAGAAAAACUUCCCUGCCCAGCUAAAAUGUAUGUAAAGAGGAGAUCUAGACAAAAAUGCAAAGGAUAUGCAAGAGAUGAGAACUUCUGAACCACUACCAAUUUACUUAUUUGGGAUCACUGGGUCGCCAUUCAAAGAGCUUAUUUCCAUCAUUUAAAAAAGAAUUUUCUCGAGAUAAAUUGUAGCCAAAAGUGACAAAAAAAAGGUGCGACAACUAUCAGCAUUUUCACGAAAUAAAAAGCAGACUAGUAUGCAUAUCACACCAGCGCUUGGUCCAAGAAACGAUUUUGAAGUACAACUGUGUGGAUACGAUCAGAAACAUGAGAUCUAAGAGCCAAACACAGACACAAGAAAAAUAAACAAGAGAAGAGUAUUUCAUGCACAGUGUAAGACAGGAUCAACUUUAGUACAAUUUUUAUCUUUCAAUCUGCAAAAGACUGCAGGCCAUUCCUUUCAAGAUGUAACAAAGACACGGAAAAUUUAUAAAAAGACGUGCAAAUUUGUGAAACCAAAAGCACAUUACUUGCAACUAGAGGACCACCAUCUUCAUUGUCGUAUACGAUGGCGGCCUUGAAUCCUGCCUUUUGUGCAGCCAUUACUUUAUCAUCAAAUGUGCAUCCUCCUCGUAUAAUGAGUGCAAAUGAAGUGGUAGCUUCUUCUACAUUAUUGGUUAAUGGAGAGCAGGCAUCAAGAGGUUCUGCCACAUACAAAACUCCAGAUAUACCGGAACUUUUUAUUGCAGGUGCUGAAACCAGAGAAGACAACAAUAAUAGUGACAAAGGUUAAUUCACAUCGUGACGUGAAAUUAUCAUGGAUUUUCUGAAAUAAGGUAAACAGCAAAGAAACGCUGUACACUUCACUAAAAAGACGAGUUGCAGAGAAAAAGCAUGGGCAUUGAGAAUAAUUUAUAUGUAAAAUGUACGUAGGCAGUUCCAAAGAACAAUAUUAUGGAAUAAAAUAUGAAAACCUAUGUGAAAUGAACAUGGUUUUCCCAGAGGAAUGCUCAGUCUCUUCAGGUGAGUACAUGCAUGCAAACACAGAGGACCAAUAUUUCAAGGGGGAGAAAAGUCGUUACAGAAAAGUCGUUAUAGAAAAGUCAUCAACAAAUAAGUGUACAUAUAAUACGUAACUGAAGCACCAUUUCAAAUGUGUUUAUCAACAACUUUCCCCCCCUUAGAUAAUACGUACUAGAAUCAGCCAAAAGUACUCUCUUGGGUUCAUGUUGCCUUGGGGACCUUUAUGCUCCCAUUAUAGCUUUAUAAGGUCAUAGAUUAGACUAACACUUUGCCAACCUCAGUUCAUCCGAAUAGUGCACUUAAGGCCGCACCUGCGACAUUUAUCUCCAUAAUAAAAUGCCUCAAGUCCCUUUGAUACUGAGUAUUAUAUCUUCUCUUCUACAUAACUCCGAUAGAUUACAUUACAUUUUAUGCAGUCAUAACAUUUCAAUAUAUUUCUUAUCUUGACGUCAGGACAGCCCUAACCUUCACGUCUUAACUGGUUCAAGUUACAUAUUCUUGACCUUAAAAUCGUGCAUACAUAUUAGUUUUCUAUACUAAGUUUGAAGUCUUCUUCCUUCCAGUCGCAUGUGUGCAUUUUUCUUUUGAAACUGUAACCUAACCACACCUUCCAGUUCUAUGUUCCUAGUUCUUGCAAAGGACUAGCAUCCACACAACCAAAGGAUAAAUCAUCUGAGAUAAGCAUCUUCAAGAUAUCAAUUUGUUCAAAAGCACAGGUAGGCGGUGCUCAGGGGUAGUGAAUUCCGAUUGGGACUUACCUAGGUGCUCUCUUGCAAGAUAAUUUAUCAAACUAGACUAUUUAACUAAGUGCCUUUUACCAAAUGACGAGCAUCUUACAUUUUAAAAGACAAGUUUCUUUUGGCGUAGAUGAAGAAAGAAAAAAUACUAAUUCAAUCGAUGUUAAUUGCUCGUCUUUCUACAUAUAACAGAUACGCUCAAGUCAGAACGCUAAUUGGAAGCAGAAAAACAACGCAAUGCAUUAAAUUGAAGAAAAUAGAGGCUCGAAACCAUUAAUUGCAAAGAGGAGAGCAAAAAGGAUUGGUAAUCAAGAGGAAAAUACAAAGUACCGAAGCAAAAUAUGCCAUCACUUACAAAAGUUAGCUUCAAUAUCGUCGAAAGAUAGUGAUACGUUCUUCCCGAUUAACACGACAGUGCCUGUGCUUCUAACCGCUAGCAAAGAAAGAAGAAGAUACACUAGCGUUCCCACGCACCCUCCCCCUCGCAUAAAACCCAUCGCACCCGUUCCGCACAUCGUCAGAAAAAAGGAGUUACAAAUGCCCAAGUCCGAUUCGGUCAGCUCGAGCGCGUGUCCGCGUUAUCAAGUCUAAAACCCCUUCUUCCACAGAUCGAAAUAAAGCCUCUGCCCUUCUUGCAACUCUGCAGAAAAUAACACGGACAAGAGCCAGCGAAGGGAACGAUCAAUCACGCCUACUAGAAAUGGAAGGGAAAUAAAUCGACGCAGAAUCAUAAGGCGAAAAUUCUCCCAACGAAGACAUCCACUACGCCAGACGGAAAGAAAAUUCGCAGGAACUACCGGUACCUGAACGUCGGAAUUCUACGCGGAUGGAAACAUCAGAUUCCAUGAGCGAGCUGAGGGGAGGAGCGGGAGGCGGUCUGUGCGCGGCAACACGUCCAGAUCUGAACUAAUAUCAACCGGAGAUCGAUCAGAGAAGUACGGUGGAAGAUUCUCUCGCGCUGGGAGGGGAUGCCAGUGCAUAUCCGUGGCACCCUAGAGGAGCCGUCCCCCAUCGAUGCCCCCCCCCCCCCCGCCGCUCGAUGGACCACGGAAAAGCAUUCCCUUAAUUAAUUAAUUAAUUGGCCUAUUUUUGUAAGUCGAGUUGGUUUGCUCUAUCUGUCUUCGCUGGAGCGAAAUCGAAGGGAGCACCCUUACUGACGUGGCCGAUGUUGACCGUACACCUAGAUCUGGACGUUGAUUCUGUGCGUCUUUUUUAAAUUUAGAUUCGACUUCUUCGAAAAUGGACGGUCAUGAUUGUGUCCACCUCUGCCAUCGGCCUUAUCCUAGCUUAUGGCACUGCGAGACGUACGUGCCGACUAUCACGGGUUAAAAGAAGUUCGGGUAUCGGCUCCCAUGGUAGGUAUACAUGGGCCGGGCCGGUCCCAACCCAUUUAAUAAUCCGGGUCGGGCUUUUUUGUUAACCCCCGACCGGCCCUGUCUAGCCACAGAAAGGCUGUGGUCGUCAUUAUUAUGGGGACGGCUUGGGGAGAAGCCUACGGGCCACGACGAGCCCAUCCAGACUGAGCCGGGCCGAUCUUAUAUAGCACACAAAUUCGGCCCGCUGACACCCCAAGUGGCGAGUAGAACAUAUUCUGCCACGUGGAUAUAUCUGAAUGGGUAGCACACAAACGAUCUCACCCGCUACAGACGCCAUUCCCCACCCUCGGAAGCUAGGGGCGGAAUCUUCUGGUCUCCUGGGCCUCACCACCCUCCGGAACAGCACAAUCCGACGGGGAGAAUCCAGCGGCGGAGUUCGGCGAGGGGCGAUCCGUGCCGUCGAUUCGGCUGUCGCGCAUCGGAGGCGGUCAGCCUAGACAUAGGGAGAGCGGCAAGGAUGAGAACAAGACGGGCCCCACCACAGGGUCCGUCCGCUUUCGUAGGGACCGCCACGUAGACGUUGGAUCAUCCAAUGAUGAGACAGCAGUCUUGGUUGUUUUUGUUUAUUCAUAUAUUUAAAACGAGGCUGAAACGAUGCCGAAAUAAAUAUAUUUUUCCCAGCUCGGGCGGGCCAGUCCUCUGGGCUGUGAUGCGUCCGGCCCAUUAUAACGAGCAUCCACGUGGCGGUUUAUUUUCUGACACAUGCAACAAUGCCCCGGAAUAAAACUUGUUUGGACUCUUCAAGGCCCAAAGAGAAUCAAAAUAAUUAGAUAAACUGAUUAGCUUCAUUUAUGACGUGUAAAUAUGAUUUUUUUGGGCAGUUUUAUGGUUUAUCUAUUGGAUUAGUAUAUGAUAUUGAUCUCAGCUUGAAUGAUGAUAAUUCUGAUUUAGAAAAUACGUUAUUAUUAAAUAUAAAAUAUAUAUAUAAUUCAGAAAUACCCCAGACUAGUAAAAAGGUUAGACAGCUCUUGGAACCAUUUAUUUUGCGUUUAUUACUAAAAACACACCCUUUCAUCGCCAUUUGUUUCCUACCUGAAACGUUUUUUAACAUCAGUUACCAUUGCAAAGGUUAAGAACAUAUUAUUAAAUACUCACUUUGAAACUGAAUAAAUAAUAAAUUUUGCGUGCUUUUUUGUAAUAACCAAAUAUCACUUAGGGUUUUUCCUAAAAGCAGUAGGGGUUGGACGUUUUCCCUUAAUCUAUUCCAUCUAUGUGACGCUUGAACCGCACAAUUCAAAGAAAGAUGAGACUUUGUUUGGCCCAAUUUACCACACCCAUAAACUCUCUCCAUCUCUGUCUCUUCUCCCUCUCUCUCUCUCUCUCUCUCUCUCUACUCUCUCUCCCUCUCUCUCUCUCUCCCUCCCUCUCUCCCUCUCCCUCUCUCCCUCUCCCUCUCUCUCUCUCUCUCUACUCUCUCUACUCUCUCUCUCUCUUCUCUCUCUCUCUCUCUCUCUCUCUCUCUCUCUCUCUCUCCUCUCUCUCCCUCCCUCCCUCUCUCUCUCUCCCUCCCUCUCCCUCCCUCUCUCCCUCUCUCUACUCUUCUCUCUCUCUCUCUCUCUCCCUCUCUCUCUCUCUCUCUCUCUCUCUCUCUCCUCCUCCCUCUCUCUCUUCUCUCCUCUCCCUCUCCUCUCUCUCUCUCUCUCUCUCUCUCUCUCUCCUCUCUCUCCUCUCCCUCUCUCUCCCUCCCUCCCUUCUCCCUCCUCUCUCUCUCCUCUCUCUCCCUCUCUCCCUCUCCUCUCUCCUCUCCUCUCUCUUCUCCUCUCUCUCCUCUCUCCUUCUCUCUCUCUCCUCCUAUCUCCUCUCCUCUCCUCUCCUCUCUCCCCUUCUCUCCUCUAUCUCCCCCUCUCCCUUCCUCUCUCUCUCUCUCCCCCCCCCCCCUCCAGAAUAUGCACAUAUAGAGCACAAUAGGCCUAUUUUAUUCUCUCUUAUUAAAGCUAUUAUUUUUAAGAAAUCAUGUCAUUGUUGAGUUUUUGUCGGGUCAAAUAUAAUUGGGCUGGUUUGGGCUGGGGAAAAAUAAUUAUUGAAAUUUACGGAUUUGCCAAAGGUUCAAAAUAUUGGAAGAUUGUCUGGCGGUCUCAUGAGGAGACUCCAAUAAACCCAUGGGCUACGGUCCAAGGGGUUAGUCAUUUGGAUACAGGCCCAUAACCAGACUCAUGCCCAGGCCUAGUUUAGAAGAUCCCCGGCCCAGACCAUUUGGAUGAUUCCCCCAGGAGCCAGAAAGUAACUGAAAAAACUCUCCGAUCGGAAACAAGGCUACGAUUCUCCUCCUGUAGCUCGGAGGAGCCGGAGGCGAAGCUGGAGGGAGAUGGAGCCUCGUCAAUCUCAUCUGGGAGGGUUUCUCCUCCUCCUGUUGGCUUCAAUCUUGUCCGCCGCUGCACCUCUACUCUCGGCACACGAGUUCUCCGCCGAUGGGACGGUCUUGGAGCUUGAGGAAUCCAAUUUUGACGCGGCGAUCUCCUCCAUUGAUUACAUCCUCGUCGACUUUUACGCUCCCUGGUGCGGGCACUGCAAGCGCCUGGCUCCCGAGGUUCGCAACUGUCUCCACCCUGUUUCUCUAUGCAUCUCAGACAUUCUGGACGAUGUGGUGUCAUUUGUGCUCUGCGGUGUCCUAUUCAUGUCAAUCUGUAUCUCUUCGGUCACGUGGCUUCCAAGUUAUUUGAAAGCUGUGUAUUUUAGUAUUAGGUUUCAUGCGACAAGUUUCUUUUAUUUCUGUCUGUGCUGGCUGAAACCUUUUUGAUUGAUGCUGUUAUCCCAUGUCAUAUCCGCCAUAGAGGAGAACUGAUCAGUAAUUUAGAAUCUAAGAUCACGUUGGGUAUGGAAUCCACAAUGCAAAGAAAAUAGUUAGAUUGUUGGCUAUAAACUGUAGCGAGUUGAUUAUGAUUAUCAAAGAGUUUGUCAGAUGCAUCCAUUUUAAGCCGUAGAGGAGUCACUGAUGGAGGUGACAAAUCAAAAACCAGAAAGUGGACUUUCGAGAGGCUGAGGCUGAGGCUGUGGGGAGCUUGUUUAGGUCUACUCACCAUUCCUCUAUGACAGAAAAUUGACUCGACAAAUCUUCUUCUUUGGUCUUUUCCCCAUAUUUUCUCCUGUCACUUUGCAACUACGAAAUAGAUGUUCAACUUUUUCUUUUUUUCCAAACAUGUUUUGAACUAUUCAUGUUCCUAUAAAUUGGUGGUGCCUGAAUGCAAUAGAAAUAUCAUCAGUAGUCCAUCUGUCAAACAACCGGUGACAACCAUUUACAGUAGAGGAAUGGUGAGUAGAGGUGGAUGUGUUGAAACAUUCUAACAUCAGCUUUACUCAUUUGUUGAAAGUUUGGUGGUGCCUGUGUUUGUAUGAUUUGCUUAAAUAUUCAAAACUGUCAGAUUGUGAUCCAAAUGCUUCAUGCAUUUACAGUUUCGAUAUUGUUUCCAUCCUUCCCCUCCUUGUAAAUGCAGUAUAGUUGUUUCAGUUCAUGCGCACAUGCAUACAAACUUGUUUUUUUUUUUUUAAUUCUUCCUUUUCCUUAUGGUAAAAUGCUUUUCCCGAACUUUGAGAUGAGUGCCUGAUUGUAUGUAGCCUGAUAUAAUUAUUUUUUAUUUUGCUACUGGGCUAUUUUUAAAGCUUUCUUGUUACAAAUUUUUCAUAUUCUAUUCUUCUUUUUUAGACUUUACUCGAGAGACUGAGACAUCAGCAUUAGUGCAGAACCUUUAUGUAUAGUCAAGUUUCCCCUAUGUAUCUUGCAUUGCUAUCAUAAGGUUAAUUACGCAGGAUUUUUGAUAAUGAUGAUGAUGAUGGCAGCAGUGGAGCCAGGCUAUGUUAAUUGAUGUAGUGUGUUGAAGAUCUUGCCUUUAAAGAAUUGACAUAUUGUUAUUUACUGCCAGGUGGUGGGUAUACAAUGGCUCUCUUGUAAUAGAAUUUUUGGUACGUACUUAUCAUAUCUUGUCUGUUGAAGGAAAUUAGGACGGUUGGAAUAGGUAAUAGAAUAUUAAUUAAGAUGUUUACUAGAAUAUGGUGCUAGUAUGGAAACUUGACGGAUUUUACUUAAUAAGAAUGCUUAAAACCCCUUUUUCUAGCUCUUUAAUUUAUGGCUUCUCGCUGGUGUCAUGACAGAAAUGUGAUUGUUGAUAGCCAUAGAACCUCCUCCCAAGAAAGGAAAAUUAAACUUUCAUUUUCACACGAAACCUAUUUUGGCGGUCAUUUAAUGUCAAGUUAAAAAUUGUCCCUUCGGGGACAUCCGAUAAAAUUGGAACGAUACAGAGAGGAUUAGCAUGGCCCCUGCGCAAGGAUGACACUCACAAAUCGAGAAAUGGUUCAAGAUAUAUAUACUCCACUCUGAAAUAACCCUAUCAAUACUGUAACUUUUCCCAACCAAAAAAAUGUAACACUAUCUGAUAUUUGACUCUGUAUUUUUGGUUUUGUUCAUUGUCAGUACUGACAUCCAAAGGGAAAUCAUUUCACAUACUGUUUUCUACCACUGUUCUGUGCUUUGGAUCUUUAGUUUCCAAAAUUCAGGCAAGGAAGCAAAAGGUCUUGGCAUAGAUGUGCGGAUGAAAUAUGAAAAAUAUGAGGGCUCAAGUACGUGUUGCCUGUGCACGUGUGUGUGUCUGUCUGCUCUCCUACUCAUGUAUAUAGAAUAAUUUUAAUAAAUUAAACAUGCCCAACUGAGAAAGUUUUUACCUUGUAGUACAUGUCUGGAAUGUGUUGACAGGUUUGAAAAUUUCUCAUCAUUCGUAUGUUGUAUCAGAUGUCGAUGGAUUUGAUUUUAUUGGUAUGGUUGGUUUGAAAUAGAAGUAUGGUUAUUGCUGUCUUGUUAUUUACAAUUCUUUAAGGAUUCCCAACCGAGUUUCCUCUUAUUCUAAAACUUCUUUGGUUCAUGCGUGAUAAAGCAUCCUGAUGAUGCCUUUUAUUUGUUGUUUGCAGUUGGAUGCUGCUGCGCCCCUACUCGCUCAGUUGGAUCACCCCAUUGUGAUUGCCAAAAUAAAUGCUGAUAAAUAUUCCAAACUUGCUUCUAAAUAUGAAAUUGAGUAUGUGGACAUUUAUUUGAUUUCCACCUUAAUUUUACUUGUUAUUAUUUAUUAUAGUAGUAAAUAUUUUUAAUGGAUGGCUUCCGCAUGUGAUUUUUCCCUUAGGAGUUAUUAUUUACUCUUAAGCAUGGAAAUAUGAUUUUGGACAACAAAACUGAAAAAUGAUUUUUCUCCUCUUUUGUUGUAGCGGGUUUCCCACAUUGAAGGUUUUUAUUCAUGGCAUCCCAACUGAUUACUCUGGUCCAAGGAGACAUGAUUUGCUUGUUAGAUAUUUGAGAAAGUUUGCUGCGCCUGAUGUGGUUAUACUUGAAUCAGAUUCUGGCAUUCAUGAUUUUGUUGAGUCUGCUGGAACAAGUUUUCCGGUAUUCAUCGGCUUUGACUUGAAUCAGUCUGUAAUAUAUGAAUUAGCGAAGAAAUACAAGAAAAAAGCCUGGUUUUCUGUAGCAAAAGAUUUCUCUGAAGAUGUUAUGGUAAGAUACGACUUUGACAAGGUUCCUGCAUUGGUCUCUCUUCACCCCAAGUAUAAUCAGCAAAGCGUCUUUUAUGGCCCUUUCGAUGGUACGUUUGGAACAAGAAAUGGCAGUCUUUUAUCUGCUUUAGUCUACAGAUUUUGUAUUGAUGUUCUGUUCUUGUAUAAGUUCGAUAGGCGAGUACACUAUUAUGCCAUAUAGAAAAUUGUGUGCUGUAAGACAUUCAUGAACACAUUGAAUAUAGCGAACAAAUGAUGAUGAUCAUUACUCUACAGAAAAAAACGAAGGUAAAGAAGGAACUGGGUAAAGGUUUUGUGUGUAUUUUGCCAAAAAUAUGGAGAGUUGAAAGCAUGUAAUUCUGCGAAGAUGUUCUUGGCUUAAAUUUGGUUAAUGUGAAAACGAGAAUCCGCGUUAUGCAUAUUUAUCCUCAUAAACAUGCUUUUAUUUUUUUGGCACGUACAAUAGUGCGCUGGAAUCAAUCUGCUGUUAGUUGCCGAAUAAAAUGGAACAAAUAUGAAACACCAAGUUACUUAUUUGGCAAAUUAAAAGCUGAAAUACUAUAUAAAUGUCUUCAUUGAAAUGGCUAGGAUUUUUUUCUUCUUCUGAAAAUCAUGUGUGUACUUGACGUGAUUAUUUCUGCAUUCAAUCCUGCAUUCGGAGGAUUUUACUAGAGCCAUCUGGCUGGAGUAAGUUUUGCUACUCGAUGUCUGGUUGUGGACGUCACAUCCAAUACUGUUUACAUCUCAUGAUGUCCCACAUUCAUCUCUGGACUCCAUUUAUGCCCUGGGUAUGGGGAUGGCUGGCGGAUUAACAAGUUAACUCUUCCAUAGCUGAUCAUGUUGAUAAACCACACACUCUGCCCCGUCUCCUCCUCGGGGCGGGGGGACAGUGGAUCUCAUUCUCCUCUUUCUUGAGGAGGACAGAUUCAUGGAGAGUCCAUUGCGAUGGCCUCUUGCCUGCUGAAACAUGCAAAAGCUGAAUGUCUAAUCAGAUGGGUCAUUUAUUUGCUUGGCCCAUAUGAUCUCCGCCAUGCCACUUAUGGAAAGUGUUGACAUGUGGUUCUCUUGGAAUGUGCAGGAGAUUUUUUGGAGGAUUAUAUUAAGCAGAAUCAGCUGCCUCUGGUCGUUCCUAUAAACUUUGAGACAUUGAAGCAAAUGGGUGAUGACAAGCGAAGAAUUGUAGUGACAUUUUUGGAAGAUGACGUGGGUGAGAAUUCACAGAAACUUGUGAAGAUCUUGAAGUCUGCUGCAUCUGCGAAUCGCGACCUAGUGUUUGCAUAUGUUGGAGUCAAGCAGUGGGAAGACUUCACAGAAACAUUUGGCAUCAACAAGAAAUCGGAGCUUCCAAAGAUGCUCAUCUGGGACGGAAAUGAAGAGUACCAUGUGGUGAGGAACAUCUCUUUUUUGUGGCAUAACAUGUGCUAUUUUCUUGUCUAUGAAAUAUCAUAUUACAUAUGUAUAUACACAUAACAUACGGAUAGAUUACCUUCUUAGAACAAUUUCCCUGAACAUUUUGUCAACAUUUAUGGGAUUAAAUCUCUCUUUGUUCCCUUUCUCUUGUAGUGUAUUCUUCUGAAGAGAAAUCCAUCCCUUCAUUGCUGACUUCAAUUUCACUUCUGGCUUGCAGUCUGAUAGCUAAACUCAUGUGGUAAUUUGGAAGACCUUUUUUUUUUUUUUUGUUUUUUUUUUUGGAGAUCGUCCGGGAGUGUAUUAAACAUGACGAUCUUUGUAGAUAGCGAAUGAUCCCUGGUAGAGAGAACAAGAACUACUGGGUGGAAUUUAUUUGCCAUAAAUGGAGUCCCUUUAUAAAUUCACAUAAUAGUGUCACACCAUAUCCGAGAUUAUCCCUCACUAUCUUUAUAUCAUCACUCAUAGAAAAACAUCAGAUGACAUACAUUCAAUCUUGCAUCAUUUUUUUGAGAGAGGCAUCUUUUUUUUUUUCUGACGGGAUCAUUUCCGCAGGUUGAGGGUUUAGAGAGUCUUAAGGGCGAUCUGGACCAGGGUUCUCAAGUAAGCCAGUUCCUCGAGGCAUACAGAGAAGGGAGAACCAUUCGGAAGAGGGUCAGCGGCCCUUCACUGAUGGGCUUCAUCAAUUCACUCAUCACCAUCAGGACCGUAUAUCUCAUCGUGUUCAUCGUCGCUGUGAUCAUGGUCAUCCAAUAUGUCACCAGGUCAGACGACGAUGAUGGUGCUCAACUAGGAAGCAGCAGCAGCAGCUCCACUGCUGCCAGUAGCUCCGUUUCUGAGCAGACCAGGCAGGAAGAGUACCAGCCUGGGGACAAGGAGGACUGAAAAGGGGAGGAGUUUUUCUUAUAAGGCAAGGACAUAUAUGAUGAUGAGAUUAUAGCAAGGAACUCUGUGGUAGACUUUUUUUUCUAUUUAUAUGUACAAGAUUCUACAAAACUUUUGGUCUUAUCCAUUGACUAGCUGUCAACAUCUUCUCAGAAAUAUCAUAUUGAUCUUGAGCAGAUGGUAUUGUGAAGCACCUGAGAUUAUGCUUGCUUUCUGUGGGAAGGGAGCUGUUGCUAUUUAUAUGUAGCCCAUGAAGAUGCAACUUUCCAGAUGUCGAUAUUUUCUUGCAAUUAUGAUAAUUUAUGGCCUGAUGAUCUUAGAUUUAUUAUGGGUUUCCGAUUCGGGGUAAGUAGAGAGCCUCAUCUUCUGAUUCGCCGGAGAUCACAUAGAUCUUAAUUUAGGGGCAUCAAGAUGUUGGUUUCCACAAAACUUUGGUCAUAUUUAAUUCCGAAAUGCUGAUAUUUCAAAUGAAUAUGGUAAGCCCCAAUAUAGAUUAAAAAAUCAAUAAAACACUUGCCAACAUAUUUACUGAAAUGAAACAAACAUGGAAUAAAUAUAUAUAUUAAUAUUUAUAAUUCAUCUUUUAUAAAAAGGACUUGAUCCAACAAGAUCAGCUUGGAGAACUCGCCCGGGCCAGAAGCUAGAGAUCGAAGAACACUUUGAUUCUAAUUUCGUAACAGUGAAACAAAUAACAGCAUUGGAUUAUUAUUUUCUGGGGGCAGCGGAGGGGUUUAAUGGAGUUUUUUUUUUUUUUUUUUGACGGCCCUGCUCUCCUACACUCUUCCAUAAUCCUCAAAAGUAAAAUAAAAAUACAGGGUGGGGUCGGAGGGAAAAUCCGAGGGCUUCCAGCCAGAAAAGAAUACUCGGGAAGAGCCGACGGCUGUCAGGGCUACGAGGCAGCAUCCAGCCCUUCCAGCAGUCGCAGCCGCUGCUGGAGGUCGAUCACCUGCUGACGUUGCUCCGGAGGGAGGAGGCUCAGCUGCUCUGCCGUUAGGGACUUCACUUGCUCCAGGAGAACCUUGUGCAUGUCCUGCGGAAGCUGCGAGCAGAACAGUGGAAAUUUCCCGUUUAAUGAGUUCCCUCAAAUAG